AUGCCGCACUCAAAGAACGAUUUGCAUCACCGGCACAAGUCAACAGGUCACCUCCUGGCCGCCUCCCGAACCACCGGUCUCCAAGUUACGGCGAAGCGAACCGCUUUUGGAGACGUGAGCAACGUGGUAAAAAAAUUGGCGCCGGGCCAGGGCGGCGUGGCCUUGAGCAAGGGCAAAGUAUACGAUGUCUCUCACAAGGAAAACAUUCCAGACCCUUCGUAUGGGUUUGCGAAGCCUGCCCAGCGCAAUGCUCUGCCUCCCACGAGCAAGAAACAACAUCCCGCUCCUGCUCAGAACAAACUUGCUGUUCGUAAUGAUGAACAGGCAGGGUCAAAGUACUUUGCAGAUGACAGGUCUCGCACCAAGUCCUCCUCCCGACCCAACACUGCCGAAUCUCUACCUGCGCGCACGUCACUGGCCCCUCUCCCUCUCGUGACGAACUCCUCUUAUCCGACCUCCUGUACGCUACUUAGCGAGGAGGAUAUCGAGGAAAGCAUGUCUCAGAUCAGAGCUCGCGAUCGCGAUCACCUGAUUCAGCCUUCCGCCUCGGAUGAAAACCGCAAGAGCAUCAUUGAUCUUAUUGCUCCUUCCACUCUUCAACCUCGUCAGCACAAGUCUCAGCCACAACUUAAGCAGUCCCUGGCCCGUGACCUGCGGCGUACCCAAAGCCGAUUGGUAAUUAGCCAGACCGCCGAAUCGCGCGAGCAGGAGGACGACAAGCACUUUGACGACGUGACGGAAGCUGCGUAUGAAGACGCUCUGGAAGAUUUCCUUGACGAACAGUGCCAAGCUCCUAUCACCGAAAACCACAAACCCGAAAACCGCAACGCGGACGCAGUUGAGCAAACCGGGCAAAAUAAGGAAGGUCCUCCUGGGAUAUCCUCUGCGCCCAUGUCUGUCCCGGGCGAUCUUACCCAGCCGAAGCUCGCCGCAUCCUUCCCCGAGCAGUCAACCGGGGUUGCGGCAACGUCAUAUGAGGAGUGCUGGGAUGAGUUGGAGGAAGAGGAGGACCUGUGUGACGACCAAGGGUACUCAACGGCUCACUCGUAUCGAUCCCGCGGGGAGUUGACUACUGGGGGUGUUACCACGAUCCUAGCUCCCAGAGUAACCGACAACGUCCAAAAGGAACUCGAUGCCGCCCGAGCAUACGUUGAAGGUCACCAGACCAUUGAGGAUGUUGAGGACGAGGCUUGGGACGUGUCCAUGGUGGCUGAGUACGGGGACGAUAUCUUCGGGUACUUGCGCGAGCUAGAGAUGAAGAUGCUCCCUGACCCCCAUUACAUGGAUAACCAAGCUGAGAUCCAGUGGUCCAUGCGAUCGGUCUUGAUGGACUGGCUUAUCCAAGUCCACAGCCGGUUUAGUCUCUUGCCUGAGACGCUGUACCUGACGGUCAACUACAUCGACCGUUUCCUCUCGUACAAGACUGUGUCUAUCGGCAAACUUCAACUGGUCGGCGCUACCGCUCUUCUGAUCGCUUCCAAAUACGAAGAGAUCAACUGCCCUUCACUCGAAGAGGUCGUGUUCAUGGUGGAUGGCACAUACGCUGUCGAGGAGAUACUAAAGGCCGAGCGAUUUAUGCUUAGUAUGCUCAACUUCGAACUCGGCUGGCCUGGCCCCAUGAGCUUUCUUCGACGUAUCAGCAAGGCGGACGACUAUGACUUGGAGACCCGCACCUUGGCCAAAUACUUUCUCGAGGUCACUAUCAUGGACGAACGCUUCGUGGCCAGUCCUCCCAGCUACUUGGCAGCUGGCGCGCACUGCCUGUCCCGCCUGAUCAUGAGGAAAGGCGAUUGGUCACAAGGCCAUGUUCAUUACUCCGGAUAUACAUGGUCCCAGCUAAGAACGCUAGUCCAGAUGCUUCUCGAAUGCUGUCACGAUCCUCGGAAGCAUCACUCGGCUGUCUUGGACAAAUACCUCGACAAUCGAUAUAAGCGCGCCGCUGAAUAUGUCCAAGAGGAACUCCGGAAGGGCUUUACCUUGCCUCGGCGACAGUCUGCGGGACCUCGUCCCUCCCUCUUUGACCUGGCCGGCUUGGACCGCGACUAUUACAGCGCUGUCCAGCAAUCUGCCAGCGUUUGUUGA